AACGUGCCCACAGUCAAGUCUUCGUGUUCAAUUUGAAGAUUCUUGGCCUGAACCGAAGUUGAAAAACCAAAAAAAGAAAACCGAACAACCGAAAAACCGAAAAACCGAGAGCCGAGAGAUUCGCACUGCGAUCGCUUCGUUCGCCGAUCGCCGCCGAAUUUAAUAUUAAAUUGAACUUGGCCACGGCGUUUGUCAGCAUUUCUAGUUACGAAUCCGAUUGGGCAACACGUUCGCGAUCGCGUCGAAGAACCAAGAACCCAAUCGCGUUCGUUCCUUCUUUUUUUUGGAUACCAUAUAUCGAUCGUUGUAUCUGGUCGUUGUUUUUUUUUGGCUGUGCAAUUGGUGAAACAACAAGUGAAGAAACGUUUUUGGAGAACUAAAAGCCCCCCAGAAUGGCAAAUAAAUCGAUUCUAUUCGUGGGCCUGUGCCUCGUUUUUACGGCCACUUGGGAUCUGAGGAUCAUCUCUGCACAGGAAAGCAACAAUGUCCUCUUCGAAACGAUCAACUUCUUGAGACGCGGCCAGGCGGACGUGGAGCUGGAGAACUACGACAACAAUCUCGUUCUGGAUAGCGAAUAUGAUUUCAUAGUCGUGGGUGCUGGCACAGCGGGUUGUGCCCUGGCAGCUCGUCUCUCGGAGAAUCCCAACUGGCGAGUACUCCUUCUGGAAGCCGGAGGUCCCGAGCGUCUGGUCAUGGAUGUGCCCAUCGUGGCGCACUUCCUGCAGCUGGGCGAGAUGAACUGGAAGUACCGGACUCAGCCAUCGGACCACGCCUGCCUGGCCAUGAACAACAAUCGGUGCAAUUGGCCGAGGGGCAAGGUGAUGGGCGGCAGCUCCACACUGAACUACAUGAUGUACACCCGUGGCAAUCGCAGGGACUACGAUCGCUGGGAGGCUCUGGGCAAUCCCGGCUGGAGCUUCAAGGAUGUCCUGCCGUACUUCAAGAAGUACGAGGGCAGCAGUGUUCCGGAUGCCGAGGAGGACUACGUGGGUCGCAAUGGACCCGUGAAGGUGAGCUACGUCAACUGGCACUCGAAGAUCGCCGAGUCCUUCGUGGAGGCCGCCCAGCAGGAUGGUCUGAAGUACAGGGACUACAAUGGACGCAUCCAGAAUGGAGUGGCCUUCCUGCACACCACCACCAGGAACUCCACCCGCUGGAGCUCCAAUCGUGCCUAUCUCUAUCCCCUGAAGGGAAAACGCAGCAAUCUGCAUGUGAAGAAGAACGCUCUGGUCACCAAAGUGCUGAUCGAUCCGCAAACGAAGACGGCUUAUGGAAUCAUGGUUCAGACGGAGGGCCGCAUGCAGAAGAUCCUGGCCAGAAAGGAGGUCAUAGUCUCCGCAGGAGCCAUCAACACUCCGCAAUUGCUGAUGUUGUCUGGAGUUGGACCUGCCAAACAUCUAAGGGAAGUGGGAAUUAAGCCUCUGGCUGAUUUGGCUGUCGGUUACAACCUGCAGGAUCACACGGCUCCAGCGGUUACCUUCACCACCAAUGCCACCUCCCUGAAGUUCGAGGACUUUGCCGAUCCCACGCUGAUCAACCGCUUCAAUCGCAUGGAGGGACCUUAUGGUUCGCCAGGUGGCUGUGAAGCCAUCGCCUUUUGGGAUUUGGAUCACGAGAGGGAUGAGGACGGCUGGCCCGACAUUGAGUUGUUCCUGGUGGGCGGUUCCAUGUCCUCCAAUCCGGCCAUUUCACGUGCCUUCGGCUUGAAGAAGUCCAUCUACGAUGCACUGUUUGCGGAGAUCGAGGAUAAGUCACUGAAUGCGUUCAUGAUCUUCCCCAUGAUCCUGCGACCCAAGAGUCGUGGUCGCAUCAUGUUGAAGAGCAGCGAUCCCUUCAAGUAUCCCAUUAUUCAUGCCAACUACUUUGCCCAUCCGUACGAUGUGGACAUCUCGGUGAGGGGUUUGCUCAAAGCCAUCAGUUUGAUGAACCAGCGGGGAAUGCAGACGAUAAACGCCAAAUUGUGGGAGAAGAAAAUCCCAACGUGCAAACAGCACGCCUACAAAAGUUGGGCCUAUUGGGCUUGCUAUGUGCGCCACUUCACAUUCACCAUCUAUCACUACUCGGGAACCGCCAAGAUGGGUCCCAAGUCCGAUCGAGCUGCUGUGGUCGAUGCCCGUCUCCGGGUGCACGGCAUCAAGAAUCUCCGAGUGGCCGAUGCCAGCAUAAUGCCGGAGAUCAUGUCCGGUCAUCCGAAUGGCCCUGUUUUUAUGAUCGCCGAAAAGGCAGCUGAUAUGAUCAAGCAGGAUCACGGUUUUAUCCAGUGAACUCGGGGGGAUUCCCGUCACUCCAAAGUUGAUUUCCACAAUCAGGUGUAAGCCCCAUUUGCACUGGCCACUCCAGCAUCUUGUUGUUUUUCACACCUCAUCAGUUCAUCGCCUCGCAUCGCGAAUCCCAAAACUCUGGCCGGUGUAAUAUGGGGCUUAAGUUUUUAUUAAGGCCUCACUUUGUUUGUUUUUAUCUGUAACUCCUUCUUCCUGAACUGAUUCUAGUUUAAGUUUAAAGUGUAAGCAACAUAUGUAUAAAUAAAUCAAUAUAAGUUUUGUAUGUACUUUAAAA